CACAGACGUGAGGAAUGGCAGGCUAACAUUUCGCUUUCAACAAACACAAAGGAUUACUUUACUCCUUGAGUAAUGCAAUUUUAUGGACUGUACUUUUCCUCAUGUCAUAACUUGGACUAGUGGCUGACUUUAAAUAGGCGGGGUGUGAACAUACGCUGUAUAAAAACAACAGGUAACGAUGUAAAGACCAGUAGCGUCACUGGUGGAGGGCGAAAGUCCUUCAAAAUGGGCAACUGGAUCAUUAACCAUGGACUGUCAUCCUUCAUACUGGUGGUCUGGAUGGCCAUCAACAUAUUCCUGUUCCUUUGGUUCUAUUUCUUCUACGACCUGGGGGAUCAGUUUUUCUACACACGCCACAUCUUAGGGUCUGCAUUGGCCUGGGCCAGAGCCCCUGCAGCCGUCCUCAACUUCAACUGCCUGCUGAUUCUGCUGCCCGUGUGUCGUAACCUGCUGUCUCUCAUUCGCGGCUCCUUCAUGUGCUGUGGGCGAACUAUGAGAAAACAGCUGGACAAAAAUAUCAGUUUCCACAAGCUGGUGGCCUACAUGAUUGGGCUGAUGACAGCUGUUCACACCAUUGCCCAUUUGCUGAAUGUGGAGUGGUACUAUAAUAGCAGGCUUGGAGAGUACGAUGACCUCAGCACGGCCCUGUCCAGCCUGGAUGACUCAGGAAACACCACCUUCCUGAACCCAAUCCGUUCUACAACCACUACGCCGACCCUCCUGGUGUUCACCACCAUUGCGGGGAUCACAGGCGUAAUCAUCACGCUGUCACUCAUCCUCAUGAUCACCUCAUCCAUGGAGGUCAUCAGGCGCAGCUACUUCGAGGUCUUCUGGUUCACACACCACCUUUUCAUCGUCUUCUUCGCUGGGCUGGUCAUCCAUGGAGCUGGACGCAUCGUGCGAAGUCAGACCACCACCAAUCCACCACAUAAUGCCACCUUCUGUAAAGAUCGAAUAGAUGACUGGGGGAAGAUUCAGGAGUGUCCCAUUCCCCAGUUUGCAGGGGGGUUCCCACAGACCUGGAUGUGGGUGAUCGGUCCCAUGAUCCUCUAUGUGUGCGAGCGCUUGCUGCGCUUCAUCCGCUACAUGCAGACCGUCAAAUACAGAAAGAUAGUUAUACGACCAUCCAAAGUGUUGGAGCUGCAGCUGGUGAAGAACGGUUUCAAGAUGGACGUGGGUCAGUAUGUCUUCCUCAACUGCCCAGCCAUCUCCCAGCUGGAGUGGCACCCCUUCACCAUGACCUCGGCCCCCGAGGAGGACUUCUUCAGUGUGCACAUCCGCUCCGUGGGCGACUGGACCCAGAAACUCAUCAGCAUUGUGGAGCAGCUUCCUGAGGGGGCUGAGGGACCCAAAAUGGGUGUGGAUGGACCGUUUGGUACGGCCAGUGAGGAUGUGUUUGACUACGAGGUCGCCAUGCUGGUUGGCGCUGGCAUUGGAGUCACCCCCUUCGCCUCCAUCCUCAAGUCCAUCUGGUACAAAUUCAAAGACUCCAACCCCAAGCUACGCACCAGAAAGAUCUACUUCUAUUGGUUGUGCAGAGAGACGCAUGCCUUUGAGUGGUUUGCAGAUCUGCUGCAGCUGCUGGAGAGGGAGAUGGAGGAAAGAGGCAUGGGAAACUUCCUCACCUACAAACUCUACCUCACUGGAUGGGAUCAGAGCCAUGCAAACCAUGUGAUGGUUCAUGCCGAUGCGGACACAGAUGUGGUCACUGGUUUGAAGCAGAAAACAAACUAUGGCAGGCCCAACUGGGAUAAGGAGUUUGAACAAGUGCGCAAAGAGAAUCCGACGUCAGUGGUGGGCACAUUCUUGUGUGGCCCUGCAGUCUUAGCUACUGUCUUGUCAAAGAAAUGUGUCAAAUACACGGAUGUCGAUCCCCGAAAGACCAAAUUCUACUUCAACAAGGAGAACUUCUGAGCAAAACAAUGUCUAAUCUGCUCCUCUUGAAGGAAAAGCUGGAUCUUUGGUCUUCCAAAAUGUUGGCAACAUAGAUGUUUUUAGACCAUUCAUCUGAACACAAUGGACGAUGACCGAUCGUGGUACGUUGUCUAAUAUUUCUUUCACAUAGGAUUCACAGUAUAUAUUUUUUUAUUUGACCUUUAUUUAAUUAGGCAAGUCAGUUAAGAACAUAUUCUUAACUUGGCAUUUCCACGCCCAGUGGCUAGCAGUGGGAGAAGAUGGAAUGAGAUGGAUUUUGUCCGACAUUCUCUCGCAUUUUCACAUCGAUGAAACAUUUGAUCUCAGCACAGUUUUAUGUUCCAAAUCUGUUACGAACUGAGUGGACUAAGUUUUGUAGAUUUUACCCUUUGCCAAAGUUGUAAAAAAUGGUGUUGUUUAGAAGGAGCGCAAAGGUGAAUUGAGUUAUUGCACACGCGCACUUCACAGAGUAGGCGUUCCCUAACGGAAAUAUGCAAAUGUUUGUUAGAACGCACCAAUAGGAUCUCGCAAGCUCGUGCUUGGCUCUGCCCACCUCCUUCCUUGUUCUGCCCACUAUAACUCAUUUGGUCCCAUUGGAAAUGACAGGCUGUGGUUCAUCUUGGGUUAGUUUUAAUAAUCUUUGUUAAACUUCUGGUUCAUUCAGUCAUUCCUAUGCGGAAAAUUAAUGGGGAAAGAAUAGGGUUUUGGGAUAAAUGCCAGAAAUGAGGUUUGAGGUUAACACAGGCUUAGAAGAUCUUAUACAUUUUGUUCUAUGAUAUAUUAUCAGUCAGUUAACAUGACCUUUAUGCAUCUUGCAGCCUUAAUGUGCUUUGUCAUAAUUUUUGUUAUUACAUAAAUGCUUCAAAAUUCACAAAAACUUAUGUUUGCUGAUGAAGGUUAUCUCAUUGAACAAAACGUAUAAGAUCUCAUAAGCCUGUGUUUACCACAGACCUUAUUUUCAGCAUUUAUCCCCCCCAAAACAUUUCCCCAUAGGUGUUGGCCAACGAGCCAUGGUGGACUCAGCCUCUGUUAGUGCCUACAAAAGACAACACUACUAUUGCGCUCUAUUGAUCCAAAUCUAAAUUUCUCCGAUAGGACAAACUACAAUGCACUGCUUUCAUUUGAUCACAUUCACAAACAGCAGUACCCAAUUGUCAUACUUGAGUAAAAGUAAAGAUAACUUAAUUAAUAGAAAAUGGCUUAAGUAAAAGUCAAAACUUGAGUAAGUUUCAAAGUAUUUGGUUUUAAAUAUACUUAAGUAUCAAAAGUAAAUGUAAUUGUGAAAAUAUACUGAAGUAUCAAAAAUAAUACAUUUCUAAUUCCUUAUAUUAAGCAAACCAGAUGGCAUUGUUUUGUUUUUUAAAUUUACGGAUAGCUACGGCCACGCUCCAAUACUCAGACAUCAUUUACAAACGAAGCAUGUGUUUAGUGAGUCCGCCAGAUCAGAGGCAGUAGGAUGACCAGGGAUGUUCUCUUGAUAAGUGUGUGAAUUAGACCAUUUUCCUGUCCUGCUAAGCAUUCAAAAUGUAACACGUACUUUUGGGUGUCAGGGAAAAUGGAGUAAAUAGUACAUAAUUGUCAUUAGGAUUGCAGUGAAGUCAAAGUAGUCAAAAAUAUAAAUAGUAAAAUAAAGAUACCCUAAAAAACAACUUAAAUAAAAAUACUUGAAAGUACUACUUAAGUACUUUACACCACUGACAAACAGUAAGUUAGAAGCUCGCCAUACUUGUAAAUAAUUACUUUGUAAUGCGUUAAUUUUCCUGUUAUGGUUAAUAAAAAGUUGGCUACAGUUAAACUCAAAACAUCAGAUAUGUUCUAGUAAUUAUUUGAACUGGCUAGCCAGCUAGAAAAACCCCAUUCGUUUCCCUACAGGCUUUGGUCAACAAGCCAUGGUGGAGUUGAUACCUUUCAGAAAAGUCUGCAAAAAGUUGGGGGCAUAAAUCUUGGACUGAAAGCUGGCUGCCUCAGUGACUAUAUGGGUGGGUUUCGGCACUUGAAUACCUUUUUGGAUUCUACCUCUUCCACAGAUAACCAACAAGCCUUGCACACAGAGACAAAAGCUUUGUUAUAGCAGCACUACUCAGGGAUUGGCUGGCUCCUUUGCUUCCCGCUUUUCACAAUGAAUCAUGAUGUAUGAAGUCACUUACUGUUAUUAAUCGAAGACCUUUGUACAGAAUAGCUCAUCUUGUUAAAAUGACUGCCAUUAAAUGACACAUGGAUGAGUAAGAUAUUCACUAAAGUGUAGGGAGUGGUUUGGUAGGUUACCUGUGAUGGAAUGGUGUUAUACAUGUGGCCCAGGCCAACCAUUGGAUUUUGUUUGCCCCCCCACAUUAUCUAAAUAUUGGAUAUUUUGAUAAGGGAAAUAAGAUCUCUAGAUAGCAGAGAAAUCAAAGUCACUCUUCUUGGGGGCAAUUUCUAUACUACUUUAUGGGGGUGUAACAAAAUGUACACUGCCAAUGUACCGAAAACUGUUAAUUUGCUUUUACAGAAAUGGUAGCCUGGGCAAGAUAACUGAUACACCCACCUUAAGCGUUGUUUUAUGCUUUCAAGGGGUGUGGCCACAAAAAGGAAACAAUACUCCUACAUUAAAGCCCUAUAGUAUGAUCAAUCUCCAUUUCCUUGUAAAUGACAACCUGACUGGAAGGAAAGGAAGGUGAGGCAUUGCCAGUCAGCCAGGGAAUGUGUUCUAGAUCAGAUAGGAAUGAUGUUAUUAUGAAGUGUACAAAAGAUACUUCCCUUACAAUUAUGUAACAGGGAAAACUCCCUGUUCCCCCUGACCCUGCACAAUUAUUUCACAUUCUUUUUUGUAUUGUUUCUGUUUCUUUUAUAAGCAAAUAGAUGACUUUGUAGUCUACAAUGACACUUUAAUCCUCUUCUGUACAUACCAACAUCUCAUCUGAAUAAAAUACAGUAAUGCAAAAAU